ACUGGUAACAUCCUGUCAUACAGAACAUUUACUCCGAGAUCGAAGUUGCACGCGAAAGAGCACUUAUUAAACUAAACAAAUAUAUUUUCACCGUGUUGCACAUCAAACUUCGAACAACUCAAUACCAUGGUCAGCUGAAAGGUUACCUAUAAAUACACAUGACGAUCAGACUGCAACGUUUAAAAACAACAGAAAUAAUCCAACAAUGAAGACAAUACUUUUUAUCCUGUAUUUAGGGUUUACUGUUGCUGCUAGUUUCAAUGCAAAUUUAGACAGAAGAGGACGCAGACCCCCGUUGAAAUUUGUCAUCCGAAAUAUAAUUUGUGCUGAUCCAGACUGUGUGGACGACACUAAAAAAAGCGUACUUAAGGAAUGUCUUUUUCAAAAUGUGAAAGUACUAGGAAACACCACAACAUGCGGCCAGAUGCCUGAUGUAGAGAUGGACCUGGCAACUGAAAAGAAACUGGUGACCGAAACGUGCAUUGGAACAGUUAUCAAUCUGAAAAUGUUGGAUUGUUCUCGUCCCAUGGACCAGUGGAGAAUAGAUUAAACUGUUGCUGAGAAACUUGACAGAUCUGCACAUUGAAGUGGACUGGUCUUUAGUGUCCUCCUGUAUCUUUUUUUGUUUACUGAACACGUUCUCUGUAAUACAAUUUCCAAAGUUAUUAUUUGAAAUGAAAAUCACUUUAACGUUCAAUUUUAGUUGUCAACAAUGCACCGUAAACUAAGUCAAGCUUUAAAACAAAAUAUAGUACAUCAUGUUUAUAUAUAUAUCUUAUGUCAAGUUUAGUACACUGUAGUAGUGGAAACAUAUUCAGAAAUAAAGUAUCAAUAGAGCAA